AUGGUUCUUGAGGUAGAUCAUUCCCAGUAUUCUGAGAAAUUGCCAAACCGAUCCCCAAAGUGGUUGAACAGCGAGGGGCCUUGGGGCAAACUGACAGAGUAUUUAGAUGGCAGUGAGUUAACUGAGACUAGGACUUCAGUGCAGCAGCAUUCUCCAGUGGCCCAUCUACCAUCGUGGAAGUUUUCUGAGAUGCAGUUGUCAUUGAGUCAACCUUGCUUCUGGACACUCCUGAUGCUGACAGUGUUGAACCUCCUCCUAUGGGAGAGGGCAGCCUCUGUUCCCAUGCAUGCCAGUUUGAUUGACCAUGAUAUGAUGUCUCUAAAAGACCUACUUGAUCAUGCUGUUACACUGUCUUAUAAUAUCACAGAGCUCACCACAGAAAUUCAAAGGAUUUUUCUGGAGGACGUGCAAUAUACUCCUGGGCGGUGGUUCCCCGAAAGAGAACUUACUGGCUGUCACACAUCUGCUGUUUCUGUUUCAAUACCUAAGGAUGGAGCCCAACAGAUCCAUGGUGUAUUCCUUCUGAAAGAGACAAUCAGUUUGUUGGAAGCUUGGAAAUAUCCUCUGCAUCACAUAGCAACUGUGCUAAGUCAUAUGGAAGACGCUCCCAAUGAUAUCAUAUCAAGAGCCAAAAACAUUGAAGCAAAAACCAAAGAACUUCUAGCAGAUCUGAAGAGGAUACUCAGCAAGAUUCAACCUGGAUUCCCAGAAAGUUAUGCAUACCCCACCUGGAAUGGACUGGCAUCUUUGCAGUCACCUGAUGAAGAAACUCGCUUUUUUGCCUUGUAUAACUUUCUCCAUUGCCUGACCAAGGAUUCACGCAAGGUUCACUCUAAUCUCAAGCUCCUGCAGUGUCAACUUCUGUACCAAACAGAUUGUUAA